AUGGUGAUGUCCAAGGACGAUACGAACAAGGUGAGCCGAUACGACGUUGGCGUUGCCAAGGCCACCAAGGUCGCUGCGAGCAUCUACGGCGCCGCAAAGCCCAAACUUGGCAACCCGCGCGCUCCGGCGACGAAGAAGCCGUUAAAGCCGUUGCCCGCGUGGAACGACGGGUUCGGUCGCUCCACCAUUUCCUCGUCCUCUGCGCCAGUCAAGCCGAGGCCCGGGCUCGCCGCCCACCGCGCGAACGUGCGCACUGGUUCGAACAAGGCUGCGGAGCGCGCACCCAUCGUGCGCACCGAGAACAUCCCCAAGGAGGCUCCCACGAAGAGUAAGUACGGGGACGUGGAGAUGAGGGACGCGGACGACGACGCGGACGAGGCGGAUGAGACGGUGCAAACCGCCACCAUGACACUCUCCGACUCGGAGGUUGGCGACGAGGUGGGCGAAGUGGACGUCGCCGACUCCUCCGCGGAGACGAUGAAGGGUGAGCCCACGCUCGAGAUGUACGAGAAUGAGAUGAAACGCCUGAAGGAGCGCGAGGAGAAGUUGAAGAAGAAGAUGUUCGCCAUGCGCCCCGACGUCAACUACGAGACCAUGGCGGAAGUCGAGGAGGGUUGGCUGCUGUCGGGCUCACGGCCGGACCCGAGGGCCUCCGAGCGUACGGGCCCGAGGGUCAUGUACAGCGCGAACCCCAAGUAUCGCAUCAGGACGGCGGACGGAAAGUAUGUCAUACCCGAGACGGUGGACUCGACAGCCGGGCCGCGUCCGGAGGUUAUCCUGGACGACUUUGACAACCCCGCCGGGGAGCAGAAGCCGGGCACGAAGAUGACCAAGGCGGAGCGACUGGCCGCUGAGGCCGAAGCGAUACGUAUCGCGGAAAUCAAGGAGAAGGAGGCGGCGGAACGAGCGAAGAGGGAAGCGGCGGCGGCCAAGUCGAGCAUCAUGGAAACUGAGCUCAAGUUUUACCGAGACACCGCCGCCAGGUUGGCCAAAGAGUUCAACGAGCUGAAACGAAACGCGGACGCCAAGGAUAAGACGCUGCAGAAGCUGACGAUCGAUCUCCACGCGCAGGGAGAGACGAACGAUCUGCUCGCCAACGACGCGGCCAACUUUCGUGGUGGAGGCGGCAGCAUUCAGGGCGUGCAACUGCCCCCGGAGGCGUCCCUCGCCGGCGCCGCGGAAGGACCCAGCGCUGAACUCACGGCGGAGGCGCUGCUGGCUCGCGUGGAGAUUGCUGAGCGUGAGGCGGAGGAGGAAACAUUCCGCACCGCGCAGUACGGUCACAUGAUACUUCGCAUGCGCGAGACGAACCCAACAGAUCCGAACCGAAUGGACGAUCCCUUUGGGUCCAUUCGCACCAGCAACCACAACACCGCCAUGGCCGCCGCGGGCAGGAAGAAAGGCGACGGGAGGAACGACCGCGAUAAGUUCGAGAGCAAGGCGCACGUCCCGUGGCUCGACGGCAAGAUCAAGUCGAUGAAUAAGUAUCAGGACGCGCUCGACUCAGAGAUUGCCGCCAAGACCUCGGUGCUGUACAAGGCUGAGCAGGAGAGGGAACACGCGGACGCCAUGAUGGAGCAGGCGAGGAUCAACCUCAAGAACCGAAGGGACCAGUGGGCGGACCAAAUCAACCAAAAGAAAUCGUACCUCAUCGCGAGCAGGGCCGAGGAUGCGGCCGAGGCGAAGCGAAAGGCUAACUUCAGGCAGCAGCUCGCCAAAAUUCGCGCCGACGCCAUUGAGAUGGAGUACAGGCAAAAAGGAGGCGCCAAGGGUAUGAAGGGCAUGAAGGGUAACCUCGCUCGGGGUCUCUUAGGCGAGAUGGACGGCAAGAAAGUGGCUGAAGAGGAGAAUAAGCUCGAUGCGGCGCUAAAGAAGCUGUCGGGGGUGGUUGAAGAUAUCAGCCCCGACGGUCUGAUCGCGUCAUUCAACGAGAGAAUGGCGAAGCUGUCAGCGUUCAGGGAUAACUCGUCCUUGGUCCAGGCCAAACACGACGACCUGGUCGAGAAGCACAAAGAGAUCGCCGAAGAGCUGAAAGAGAUAAAGGAGAAGCUUCUCCAGGCGGCGGAGGGACGGAAGAGCAACGCGGACGGUCGCCCCGAGGACGUGAUGGAGAUGGCAGAGUAUCGCAUGAGGAACAAGAUGCGGGUGCAGAAGCUGAUCCUGGACGAGGCCGAGUCACAGGUGAACAACGUUGGCGCAUCCAUCCAUAACAUGAUGCAGACUGUGACCGCGUUCGAGAAGACAAUCGCCAAGGUGACGGACGACGGCAAGCCCAAACCCGCCGAGCGAAGGGCAUCCAUGACCAGCAGGAACAACAGCAGGGUCAACCUCACCGGGAUGGAACGGAGAAAGAGCGAGUCCGGCAGGUCGACUCCGGCGUCCGGGAUCCGGAAACCCUCGCGUACGAACCUAGCCGCGGGCGUGGAGGAGAAGAAGGAUACCGCGGUGCUCGAUAUGAUGAACAGGGAGGCGCGGGAGGGUAUGAAGUACCUGACCACCUUCUUUGAGAAAAUUGACCAGGCCAACAUCAUCACCGCGGCGGACGUGCACAAGGCUAAGAUGCUUCGACUAGCCAAGCUCAAGGGCACCAACGUCGCGGGUGCGGUCAGGAAAUCCUUCAAGCACGGCCUCAAGCUCGACGACGAUCUGGGACACAUGAGCGAGGAUGAACGCCACGCGGCAAAGUUCGGCCUGGUCGCGCCGGCUAACCCGCAAUUUAACCAGAGGGUCGUCACGGCCGAGGAGCAGGACGCGGCGGUGUUGGGUGAGAUGGACGACGACGAGACGGGUGCGAAGGAGGAGAAUGCCGAGGCGGAGGAGGCCAGGGAGAAGCUCAAGGUUGGCUCGGUCAAGCUCUUCCGCAAGAGCAACGCCAAGAAAAAGGACGAGGGAGAGAAGGACUGGGCGGAUGAGCAAGAGGCGAGGUUGAGCAGGACGAAGUUGCCCGAAGCCGUCAAGGCGGCUUAG